CGACCAUCAGCAUUGCCCGCGACGCCGUGCCCAGACCAGUCGACGGCCGGACGUCGUUUAGUCCCCAAGCCUCCUUUUUAAAGGACAGACCUCUCUAUCUCUAGACAUCCAACCGAAAGUGUCUUAAGUCAUAAUCGCGGGCUAACAACAGUUCAUUGUGUGCUUAUCACUCAAAAUUUAACGAUAAAAAUAUAUGGAAUAAAACAAUGUAUUCGCGUGGUGUUUUAAUCUGCUUGGUCGUCUUCACGACAAGCACAACUUUAAUCAAGGCUGAUGAAACAACAGAAUUAGCUGGUCGUGGUCUUUUCGGCACACGUUUUGCCAACUAUGGGAACCAUCCGCCGCCACGACAUGAUACUCCUGCAUCAACGUGCUCUUGCACUUGUGGUGAGCGUAAUGAUGCGAGCCGAAUCGUCGGCGGUCAAGCAGCGGCCCAAAACGAAUUCCCAUGGAUGGCUCGCCUCUCCUACUUCAAUCGGUUUUAUUGCGGCGGGAUGUUGAUCAACGAUCGCUAUGUUCUCACAGCUGCUCAUUGCGUCAAAGGGUUCAUGUGGUUCAUGAUCAAGGUCACCUUUGGUGAGCAUGAUCGCUGCAACGAUUCGAAAAAACCCGAAUCUCGUUUUGUUUUGCGCGCGAUUGCAGGCGCUUUCAGUUUUCUUAAUUUUGACAAUGACAUUGCACUCUUGCGCUUAAACGACCGGGUACCAAUUACAGACACAAUUAAACCAAUUUGUCUUCCCAAACUUAAAGAUAAUUUGUACGUUGGCACAAAAGCAAUAGCGUCCGGUUGGGGAACAUUAAAAGAGGAUGGUAAACCGUCGUGCAUCCUGCAAGAGGUCGAAGUCCCCGUGCUGAGCAACGCUGAAUGCAAAGCAACAAACUAUUCGGCAAAAAUGAUUUCGGAUAACAUGCUCUGCGCCGGCUAUCCGAGCGUCGGCAAGAAAGAUUCGUGCCAGGGCGACAGCGGUGGACCACUGGUCGCCGAGAAACCGGACAAAAAAUACGAACUCAUAGGAAUUGUGUCGUGGGGCAACGGCUGUGCCCGGCCUGGCUAUCCUGGUGUUUACACGCGUGUCACGCGUUAUCUCGACUGGAUCCUGGAGCACUCCAAGGACGGCUGUUUCUGUCAAGAAGACUGAACUCAUUUUUACGCCUAUUAAACCAUUCAAAAAUCAAGGUUAAGAUAAUUUUCCGAUGAUUGUACUUUCUUUUUCUUUUUGUAUACAAUGAAGCGAUGUGAAUGUUGAUGCUGUCCGCUUCGAGAACUUGUUGUGCAUGUGAUGUGAUAGUAACUUAUUUAUAGCCGCGCGCUCUCUUCUCCGCCCAAAUCCAUACAAACACGACCGAACGACUUCAUUUUGUUUUCUAUUGUGUCUCCCUCUGUAGGUGCGUAAUGGAAAUAACACGUCUGCAAUAUUUUACUAUGAAUUCCACACUUUAUUUAUAUUUUUAUCAUAAUAAAACUGAUUAAUUUUUA